GCCUCCAAGACCACAUAGGGGUGCGUGGCUGCACCCUGAGCAUCACCCCGGCUGCUGACCCUUGUGCCACCAUUGGUGCAAGUAGCUGGGUGCUGGGGACACCCCAGUGCUCCCCACCACGCACGGGCUUGGCUGGGACAGUGGAUCCUGGUGGGUGCCCAUCCCAACCCAUGGGCCUGGCAGUGGUUCAGGGCCCAGCUGGCUGAGGGUGCUGGCGGGGGCCCAGCGCCGCAGGGGCUGUCCCUGCUCAGCUGUCGCUGUCUGUGACGCUCCCCAUGACGGUCCCAUCGGCUCAGCCUUGCCGCCGGAGCCCAGUGCCUGUGGUGCCCGCGCAUGGACCUGUGCCAUGUCCCUGCCACCCGGGAGAAGGGCUGGUACCUGGCGCUGAUGGCUCCCAAUGUCAAGGGUCCCAACUACGCAUGGCUGGACCCCUCCCGGCUCUACUGCCACCCGCAAGGCCUGCAGGACUGUGUGGCGGACCUGCUGCAGCCCUUCCAAGGGGACACCAUUGACAUGGUGGCUGGUAUUGAUGCCAUGGGCUUCAUCCUGGGCUCUGCUGCUGCCGCUGUGCUGCAGAAAGGCUUCCUGGCCAUCCGCAAAGCCGGGCACCUCUGCGUGCAGACAGUGGCACAGCCCUACACCGACUACUCCGGCAGAGAGAAGGUGAUGGAGGUCCGCACCGACGCCAUCUCGCCUGGUCUGCGCAUCCUCCUGGUGGACCAGUGGAUUGAAACUGGGGGCACCAUGAGAGCGGCCAUUCAGCUGGUGGAGCGGCUGGGGGGGGGUCGUGGCAGGCGUCGCUGCCAUCUGCAUUGAGGACAGCGAGGGCGGACGGUGGAUCCAGGAGCACUACAAGUGCUCCCACUGCGUCCCCCUGCGCCUGCAGCCCCGCUUCGACCACCACCAGUUCGGCUGGGACUGAUGGGGCUGGCACCUCGUGUGUCCCCUGCAUCCCCCCAUGGGGCACAGCGAUGCUGGCUCUAUAGGACAGGGAUGGCCGGGGCAUCCAUCGCCUGUUCCCAACCCCUCCUGGGUGACAGCCAGCAUCAUCCCCUGCUCCAUCAUCCCCUGCUCCAUCCUCCCUCCUGGAUGCAGGCUGCACCCAGGACCAGUGGAAGCUGCAGUCAAUCCCAAACCUUUCUUAAAAGCCCCAAACCUUUCUUAAAAAGCAUAAAAAAAGGUUUUAUUA